AUGGCAGCACGGUUUUAUGCUCAUCUGUUCGCUUCUGAAGGCUCGAGGGACGGAGAAAGGGUACAACAACAUAUUGAGGGAGCUAUCACAGAAGAGAUGAAUGCAAAACUCACAAUGCCAUUCACCGAUGAGGAGAUCGAGACGGCCCUCUUCCAGAUGGGGCCCACAAAGGGGCCGGGGCCGGAUGGACUACCGACCAUGUUCUACCAACGACACUGGGAGUUGGUAAAGAACGACAUGUGUGGUGCAGUACGAGAGUUCUUGGCAGGGAAGGCAGCUCCUGAUGGCACUGCCAACCGCCUUAAAGUUGUGCUUCCUUUUAUGAUACCUGAGGAACAAAGUGCAUUUGUGCCAGAUAGGCUAAUAACUGAUAAUGUGUUGGUGGCAUAUGAGUGUGUACAUGUGACCAGAAAGCGGAAACGGAGGAAGCCUAUCUGUGCGAUAAAGCUGGACAUGAUGAAGGCAUAUGAUAGAGUGGAGUGGAACUUUCUUGAGCAAAUGUUGCUGAAAUUUGGCUUCUCUAGUCACUGGACAGAGAUGGUUAUGAGUGUGGUAUUCGUAGAGGGCUCACGUGAAAAUUUUGCUGCACUAUGCUCCAUCUUGCAAGAGUACGAGGUUGCCUCGGGUCAGAAAGUUAAUCUUCAGAAGUCCGCGAUCUUCUUUGGGAAGGGUACAUCUGAUGAUAGCAAAGAAGAGCUCAAACAAGUGCUAGAUAUGUCGGCAGAGGCUCUAAGUGAGAGAUAUUUGGGACUCCCUACGGUGGUGGGGAGAUCGAAGGAUGGGACCUUCAAAUAUGUCAAGGAGAGUGCAAGAGGGAAGGUUUCAGGGUGGAAAGGACAAGGCUUAUCCAAGACUGCGAGGGAGGUGCUCAUUAAGUCUGGCCUCCAACCAACACCAACUUUUACCAUGAGCUGCUUUCAACUCACAAAGAAAAUGUGCGGGAACCUGUCAUCUAUUUCUUCAAACUUCUGGUGGGGUGAAGCAAAUGGUCAGAAGAAGGGUGUCUAUGCGUUCUGGUUAGUAAGGAAUACUGCACAUGAUGGGCAGAGGAUUGAAGAAGCGGAGGCGAUCGCAAGAAGGGUUUUGAACCUAAUAGGAGAGUGGCAGUCUAUUCAUGGGCGUAAGAGUAAGCAGGCUAGGCCUACGGUGAGGGAGAAGUGGAGACCACCAGAGGAGGGGUGGGUGAAGGCCAAUUUUGAUGGUGCGACGUCGAAGGUCCAAAACCCAAAGCCCCAGCCAGCCAUGCCGACCGGCGUGGCCACCCCCUUCCCCUACCCCAAACCCCCGCAAUCCCCUCGCCUCCUCCACCGCAGCCGCCACUGCUCCGGCCACCGCCUCCUCCUCGCCACCUCUUCCCCCUUCCGCCCAGAUUCCCCACCCCUCGCCUGCCCCAGGCGCAAGCGCAGCUCCGUCGCCGCCAUCCAUGCCUCCUCCUCCGACCCCGCCCUCUAUUCCUUCCCCUCCUCCCCGACCCCGCCUCCGCGCCCGCCCCCGGCCCCGGCCCCUCCGGAGCCCCCCUCCACCGUGGCCCGCGCCGGGCGCAGCAAGAAGAAGCCCGCCGGCGGCCGCAUCGAGGGCGGCGGCGACGUGCGGCGCGAGGCUAAGUCCAAGGCCAAGCGCCGCAGCCGCCGCCUCUCCGAGAACGCCUUCUACCGCCGGAAGCGCCGCGCCGCCUCGGGCCAGGCCGACGCCUUCACCGACGAGGAGCUCGAGAUGAUCGGCCUCGGCUACGACCGCUCCGUCCGCUUCAUGGACGGGCCCGACGACCCGCGCCUCCGCCACCCGCACGAUUGGUACAGGUUCGGCGCCUUCGGACCCUACUCCUGGCGCGGCAUCGUCGUGGGGCCGCCCAUCCGCGGCCGCUUCUCCGACGACCGCGUCUCCCUCAUGUCCGAGGUGGCCGACCACGACGAAUGGGACCGCAACGAGCAGUUCGAGAUGUCCAACCAAUUCUCCCACCGUCUCAACGAGCUUGAUGAUGCCGUUGGCUUCCGGUACUACUGGGUCUUCGUGCGGCACCCUAGGUGGCGCCCCGACGAGCCACCAUGGCAGCAGUGGACGCUCUCGGCCGAGGUCGCCGUCCAGGCCAGCAAGGACCAGCGGCUGGAUAAGUGGAGCCUCAUGGGCCGGUUUGGUAACUCGACACGCGAGCUGAUCACGCGCUGCGCGGCCUGGACGCGCCCUGACAUCCUAUAUGUCAAGCGACCACUGUACCAGUCGAGGUUCGAGCCACAGGAGGAAUUCUUCAGCCGGCUCCGCCCGUUGGUUGAUCCCUCAACCGAGAACCAGUUCUUGUUUGACCUUGAGCAGGAUGGCAGGGUCAUUCAGACGACCUACUUUGGUGGCCUUUGCAGGAUUGUGAAGGCAAGCCCGAAGUCUUAUGUGGAUGAUGUUGUAAAUGCAUACUCGAAGCUGAGUGAGGCGGACAAGUCACGCUGUCUGGAGUUCUUGCUCACAAACCAUCCCAUGGAGCUACUCCACCCGUACACCAAGGAAUGGAAAGUGAAGCUAGAGGAGAUGGAGCUUGGGUGUGAUGCGCCUGAUGAGAGUGACGAUGAGGGUGGUGAUGAGACUGGAAGUGAGGUCAUUGAUUGGGUUGAGGAUGAGGAGGUUGAUGUGAUUGAUGAUACUGAGGAUGACGAUUAUGAAGAUGAGGAAGUGGUCGACGUCAGUGAAGAGGUGGAAGCAGAUGAAAUAAUAGAAAGUAGUGAGGAGAAUGAGGACUACUGGGACGAGCAAUGGGAUAAAGCGAUGAAAAGUUCUGAUAAAAUGGAGAAACUGGUCAAGGACAGGGUUGAGAAAUCAUACGAGUAUAAUAAGCGGCAAAUGCAACAGCAGAAAGAUAUGGAAUCGCAAAUGAGAACUUCAAACACAAUGAUUAUGCAGCAGGAGCAGGCCGAGGAGGAUGAGGUGAAGCUGGUACAGCAAGAAAGUGCAAGGAGCAGAAGUGCGCUGGUCAGAGUGAAGCGCGAGCCCCCUCCAGGGCUCUUCCUGAGGGCGGCCGUCCGGCCAUUCACUUACAGGAAUCUUGUCAAGGAAAUUGUUCUGAUGAGACACCAAAUUAUUGAUGGAGAGAUAGUUUAGCUUCAAAAUUUCAGCAACUGGAGAAUUGCAGAGACUGCACAAACAAGGUUCUGAAGAAGUAUCUUCCUUGGUUAUUUACAAUAUUUAGCCAUAUUUAGGGGUGUUGAUCUCUCUGCAGUUCUGACCCUAGGGAAUACACAAGUCAUGUAAUUCUUCCCCUGCAAAAGUUUUUAAUGAAAUUUGAAGCUAAUGUUUCUGAUA